GCUUUAUUUCCACCGUGUAAUAACUUGCCAUCAACAACAGAGAAUGCCCAUCAAUACAACCACCUGAAUCCUCCUCAUUUUGUCUUCAAUAUGAAAUCAUUCGACGCUCCAUCGCCUAUACCCACGCCGACGCCUUUGUCGCCAACCUCGAUAACCCCACCUGUCGCUAGAGAAUCUUUAGACAAGUUACUGCCCUGGAUUUACGAGACAUCUUGGCAGAAGCAGAUACCGCAUUUCUCUCUGUUAUAUGUUACUACAUCAGAUGCCACAACGUCAUUGCCCGAGGACCCUGUCCAAGAUCUUCUAGACGCUAGGAUUGAGUUCCAACACCUCCAUAUCCAAGAACCACAUACCACUCAUAGAUUGACUGCUCUUUUAUCAAAAUAUCAUGAAUGUGUUAAAGAGACGAUGGAGUUGCAAAUGACCAUCAAAAAAUUACAGUCCCAAGCACAAGAUCGCGCCAAACGGCUGUGGGUUGUGGAGAACAAAUCGAAAGUCCUUCAAGCAAAAUGUGGGGAUGGUGUCGAGAUCACACAUACUUUUCAUUAUAAUGAGGGUCAUUUCCAAGCCGUUGAAGGCGCAAAGUUAUCUAAACUUCUCUUCAAGCUCCGGUCAGAGGCCGACACAUUGCUCUAUCGAAAAUUAUACGAAAGCAAAAUGGCUAGAAUACAGAUUCAGGAAUACCUUGAUCGAUUUUGCUGGGAAUCUCAAGGUCUUCGAGGCGUCAAUGGUGGUGAGCGCCCGACAUUAUCAGACGACGCUUUAGAGCUCUUCAAUUUCCAAGAGUUGUUCGACAUACUAUUUCAUUAUGAACGGUUCUUUGCACACUUACAGUACGCCGAGUCCAACAUUGGUGAAAAUUAUAUUGCUACCAGUCACGCAGUAUCCACCGCCCUAAUUACAAUCUUGGAUGACAUUCGUGGAUGGAUCAUCCAGUUACUUGUGCCGUAUACAUCAUGUUGCAACUUUAGAGAUAGACGAUUUCUAUUUCACCAUCUUAUUAGCUGUCCUGGCAUAGAAAAAUGGGGAAAGAACUUGACAAAUUAUUUGUUGGUGUCGGAACAAUCACAGCAAGUGGAGAUUGAAAUUACUGCCAUGGUUCAGAUCUUGGCCAUUGCCUCCAACCUCAAUGGAGUACCAAAAAAUGUGCUGGAGCAUUCAGAAUUGUCAAGCAUUAAUAAGACUUUGUUGACUGAGGAAGAUCUUUCGGCUAUCUUGGAUCAACUCUCCAUUCCUGAGCGUCUCAAUGCAGCAGUUACCGGCGCAUUGUCCAAGGUGAAAGCAUCGCAACUUGGUGACGAUUCAUCAGACGUCCUCUUAUAUCCACUGUCACUGGCAAAUGAUUAUUUCCAAUGCCUCUCCCAGCUGCUUUUGCAGUUUUCGAAAACCAGCCAUACCGUUAUAGUAAAGCGGCUGGCGCAAAUGAUAUGUCAAUUGUUGCAAAAUGUUGGUCGGCUGGCUAAGGGUCACAGCGACCUCAAUAUCACUUCGGAAAUUGAAGGCAAAAUGCAACAAUGUGUGGAUAAACUUGCUACAGACGUGUUUCAUUGUUACCUCGAAUUGCCACGAAAAGGUGUACAGCAUUUCCUAGCGUCCAUUCCUGUUCAAUUCGUAUCAGUCGAUGGUUUAUGGGGCAUCAUCAAUGACAUUUUCCAAGUGACACCAAACUCCAAUGUAAAAUACCCAGCAAAGGCUUACUCCAUUGAUCGCUUUUGCAAGUUCUUGUUGGACAACAAUGAUGAAGGCAUUUUUUAUUUGCAGUGCUUGUCGAAUAUUUCCUUGGUGAUUGACUCACAACGUACGGUUUCUCAAGAUCAAACCGAUUUCACUACCGCGCAAAAUGUCAUCCUGGCCAUUGCGUAUGUCUUUUUUCACGUUGCCUAUUUGAAUGAGGAAUUAAGAGGGAUGUAUUACAAAGAUGUGAGAGAUACAUACAAGGUUAUGUGCGACCGCCACCCAUUGUUGAUUUCAAACCUUCUGAACUGGACCGUCAACGACUUUGACAAGAUUGGCAACAUCGCUCUUUAUCUUUUCCAUUCUCUGAGUUUGGCAGAUUGGAAUGUACGGCAAGACGAUCUUGGUGCCUUACAACAGCUAACAUGUUCAGGAACUUUAUCGGAUCUUGGCAUCAAUUUUACAAAGUAUAUUUUGGAGAACCUCAAUUAUGGGUACACUACUGAAGUGGAAUCGGAACCUCACUCCAGGACCAAACCUUGGGAAAAACGACAUCGUCCUCAUUUGUCCUACGCUAUCCAUAGCGAGAUUGCCUUCAUGAUCCUUGGCAUCGCUCAAAGGAUCCAACCCACUGCCGAAAUGUUCGAAAAAGCUGCACCUUCCACUGAAGCAUUGACUUCCACCAUUGCUCCAUAUAUCCCUUCGUCGAGCGGCGUGUUCCUAUCGUCGACAGAUGCUAAUAAGCGCAAGUUUAUGGAUUGGUGCUGGGACAUCGUUCUUCGUUUGCAAUUGUUUGAAUGUCCCGUCAACUCUCGUGCAACAGACUUGGAUGAUGCUAUCACGAAUAUUGGCAUAGGCGAUCACGCAAAACUUUCCAACGACCUGACAGCAAACCAUCUCUGUCUUGUCAUCUACAUUGCGUUCAUGCUGUCGCCUACCAGCCGCCAUUUUCUCCGAUUUGAUAUCAACAGAGGCUGGGAGAAGGUUCAGCUCAUGCUGCGAAGUAGUCACGUGGAUUCCCUGCUUUACAUGUUGGCCAAUGUUGUGCCUGGCUUUGUUUACAUGCAUGGCGAUGACUUUUUCAAUCACGGAUCAACAGUGUGGCUCCUGGAUCAAAUACUCCACGCCAAAUCGGACCCAUGCUUGGCCGAAGCAGGAAAGUUAUACCUAGUCAACAAGGAUGGUCCGUUGGAUUUAAUCAAGCCAGAGAACGGCCUGGAAAUUGUCAUCGGAUCCCAGGCUUGGAUGGCAAAAGAGAUCGACAAAGCAUUCAGCUUGGAGGAGGAAAAUGGUGGUUUCUCAUACCUGGACCUCCUGUUACAUUCUUGGAUCAAGAUUAUAUGCGUUCAACCCGAUUGGAUGUGGAAGCCUAAUCGAAUUGCCUUGGUGGACUACUGUGCAAAGAUAGCCUUCACUAACAGGAGAUAUACACUUGUUCCAAGUAUUUUGCAAUUGGAAGCCCAACGGCUCGACGAUGUCCGCCAGUCCACUGCUUCACCUGCGUCAUCUUCGAAAUCCGGUCAUGAAGGGUCACGAAAUCCUAUGAGGUUUAUGAAGUCGGUUUUGGCUGAUACAGCUUAUCCCAGUCUAUUGACGGGGGAAUGGUCCAUGGUGUCGCUUGCAAGUUCCAGUCUGUUCAAAACUCCAAAUGUUGAAAACCAUUCAUUUUAUUUUGCCUUCCAAAUGCUGGUGUUGGAAACCAUAGCGGAUGCUGACUUUCGAAUGCAAAUUGGUCUGCAGCUACAAAAGGAUGGUAGCAAAGACGAUGCUGACAUAAGUGCUGUUGUUAAGCAUGCUAACAUCAAUCUUCGCAAACCUGUCGACUUCAUUUCAAUUUAUCGAUGGGCUCAGCAUAUUUUGGUUGUACCUGCAGAUCAUAACUUGCUUCCUCUGUUCCUACAAAUGUUUUUCUCUCUCUACUUUAGCAGAUUGACCAAUGAGGAGCAAAAGACCGAGUUCAUUUAUGGGCAUCUCUUCUUUUCCAAAAAAGAUAGUUUGUUGGAUGGUCUCAAGAAACGGCUAGUGCAAUUGAAGGAGUUCCAUAUCAACUCUUCCAACGCUGCAAAAGACAAGAGUUUCAACGAGAAAAACAGUCGUGGUCAGCAACAGGAUCUGAAGCAAUUAUAUCAUGCCAUGUUGGUAUGGCUAGGCGAUGCGCGUUUGCAAAAGGAUAUGCAAGAUAUUUCUGAGCUCCCCAGCGCUUACCAACCCGCACGACUACUUCAAUGUCGUAAACUUGGUGGAAGUUUGAGCAGCGAAUCGGCCAAGGACUUGGAUUUGUACGAUGGAACUAACUUGUGGAUGGAUCUGGUGAAUACAACACAAAUGAUGAAGGAGUUUGACCAAUUCCAGUGGGUAUCUAAGGUGGUGCCUUAUCAAGCUCCUGAAUCAACGUCUCGUCCAAACAGUAGCUUGGCAAUUCGUUCCCACACGCUUGCUCCUAACACACAAUUGGUCACGGCAAAGCUACCAGACUUUAAAUUACGCAAACCAGCCACGUCAUUAUCUCUUGAUGAGAUCCUUCAAAUGACUCCUCAGGACCUGUUCGGUAAUACUGUGCGAAGUUUCCACCAUCAGGCUCGCCAGUUCAACCAGCUUACAACAGAACAUCAAGCCUUGGAUUCAGGCUACUUGAAACAAUUAGAGAGAUUGUACUAUAACAAGACAACUAAUUCUACCAUCCAGAUCCCCUGUAAGAGAGUUCCGCAAGGAAUCUGUCAGAAACCAGCGAGAUUUCACCUCGAACAACUCGAACUCAAGGUGGAAGAAAAUACCGAAAAACAGUUGUCUGAAAAUAGAGCUGCAGUAUCCAAGCUAGCGUAUGACAAAAUUGAUUCAAGGAUUUGUGUCCAAAGCUUUCAAGCGCUGGCUGUGAUGGAGGAUAUGACAAGACGGUAUGACAAUACGUUGUCACCUUUGCAGUCCAAAAAGGCAUGCGAAUCAGUGUAUUUUGUAUUUGAAGCAUUGCGCGAUAAUGCCAGUGAAUUUCCACCGGGAAAACUUCUUAGUCGACAGAUAGCACAGAUGGCAUCAGAAUCUUUCACUAUGCACCCGGACCAGCUGGAUCCUCUUCUACGCAUGAUGGGUACUGACGACCGCAAUAUUAACUUGCUGUUCCCAGCGUUUGAACCUCAAAGUGAUCCUGCACGAUUUGUUGAUAUCUAUGAAAAAAUUUGCCUCAGUGACAAGUAUUCAGCAUCAUCGCAACUCAAGCUUUCCACCAAGUUUGAUGUGCUAGCAUGGUUCUCUACUCCUCAAGGUAGUAACAAAGAGCAACGAAUUAAGUGGUACGAAGCAGCAUUCAAGGCGAUUCAGAAAAUCGGCAGAACCACCAAUGAAAAGCCACUAGAGAGAUCUCUGAGUUAUAGGCAUUCGUCACUGGCCAUGAAGCUAUUGAGUGCUGCUCACCAGAAAAUCAGCGACGAUAUGGAAUACAUUCAAGUACUCAUGCUGAUAGUGGACAUCUAUGUCAAUAAGCCAAUGAACACAUAUCACCUUCGCGCAUAUAUGGAUUUCCUUGGUGUUCCGUUGGACGUCAUACGAAGGGCUAUCACAUCUGGACAGCAUCAACAUCAGUCUCAAAGAUUGAAAGCCCUGACUCAGCACCAGCUCUAUACGUUGUUGGACAAAAUUAUUCAGGUCUGGAAAUCAGCUGGCGCUAAUGCUCUGGAAUAUAUAUACAACAGCUGUGGAUCCAUGUACGAACUGGUAUUUGCUUGUCUUUGCGACGAUCGCAUUAUGUCAGAGCCUCUCGGAAAUGGCGAUGCCUUGCAACUCAUAUUCAACGUUCAUGAACCUUUGUUGACGUCCAAGAAUUCAAACCGUCCCAAGGAAUUUGACCAGAUCUCCGAAGGGUUUGCUACUCUGUUAAUGACUCUCAUUGCGACACAUCGAUCGAAUGAUGUUACUAAAGCUAUACUUGAACAAGUGCUCAUAUUUUACCAUACCAUUUUGCCAUCUGUACGCCAAGACUGGGUCAAAAUUUUGAACAAAGAUCUAUUUCAACUACCCUGGAAGCAACUCAAACCAAAAGCUGCUUCGCUUGAUCUCAUACUUCAUACCAUUGCACAAUUACUCCAAGAAGAUCAGCAGUUACAACAGCAACCAAUCUAUACCAUCUAUUUCGAAUACAUCACAUCUAUAUUGGUGGAAUGGAUUGAUCAUUUCCAUUCCGAAACAAAUCCAAAUAUCUUACACCUGUAUAUUAGACUGGCAUUUUACAUUGUACAAUAUACCGACGACAUCGACCUUGACACCCAUGCUACCCUUGCCAACUUCACUAAUGCAAUGGAAACCUGUAUUCCUACAGCAAAGGUGAAUCCUGCGUUAAUGCACGAAGUCUGUUCUUCGCUACGUAAGACAUGGCCAUCCCCUCUAGACGCAUUCCAACCCACACUAGAAGUUUUAAAGGAAAAUAACAGCAAUCCCCUACUUGUAUGCUUGAUAUGGCUCAGAAUGCUGGCUGGCAUUAAUAACAGCAAUAAUCAAGGUGAACCGUCCAUGGUCCAAGACUAUGCAGCCUAUACCAUAUCACUAGCUCUCACCUAUGUGGAAAUGCCAGGCACCAACUUUUCCAGCACUGGAUUUCCCGAAAUUAUCGUAAACACGCUUCUGGUUGUCGAUAAUAGCUUUUAUCAACCAAAUCGAAAAAUGGAACAUUCUGACCUGACGUCUAACGUUCGCAAGUUGCUUGGUGACAUUGUAUCUUUGCCGAAUAGAUGUCCCGACGCCUCGGCUAUAGGCAACGAUAUCUGGAAAUCCAUUCUUGGCAAUAUGCAGUUGUUUCGUAACAUCUUCACUGAACUAUUUUACGUCGGCUGUCGGCUCAUAUGUCACGUUAAGCCCAUGGUUGUCUUACUUGAAGCCUGCAUAGAGCAUGAACUAAAUGCUUCUACCAGUCCUGUUGACGAUACCUGGCGACAGUUUGGACAAUCUUUAGAACUACCCCUAUCGGAUACAGACGGGUUUCUGCACCAAUGUUUGGAAAACUGCUGCAUCAUGACGCUCCACGUAAGAUGUGUUUCAGAACUCUUGGAGUGUCACGACUAUGCAAAUGAGUGCAAGGUUGCCGAAGAACUGGCGGCCUUUUUAUCCAUUACUGUCAUUCCGCCAGAUAGCAUUCGACAGUCCACCAAAUUGCUCUUACUUCUACACAAGUUCUCCAGUAUAUUUUCUCGCGCGGAAGGCGACUUCAGCUUGGAAAAAUGCCAACUUCUUCCUGCAUUGGUUUCCAUCCAUCGAACUCUAUUUCAAUGGGCAGAAGGAAAGGACUCCCAUCGCAUAGCUCACAUAGGUCUUCUAGGUAAUUUAGGAGAGAUGUGGACAAGUGGGCAGGUGCCGGCUAUCAGCGUGGAAUGGAAACUGUAUUCUCGGUUGGUAUGUGGGUUUAUCGGAAGACAUCUUGCCCACAUCAACAUCUCUCAAAUUGGACCUCAGAGCAAAACUAUGUCGGUGGAUACUUGGCAAGAAUGGACGUUGGCUACAUCUAACAUGAAAGAGUAUGCUAAAUACUCCAGCUUAAUUCCGGAAUGCAUAGAAUUCAGUCAACAAGCUCCCAUAUCACAACUGGAUCAAGUCGUUGGGAGGAUAGCAAAGGUCCUUUUCCAGAACGUCAAUGGAGUGGAGCUUUGACACGUGAUCUUAAUAGCGGGUUAUUAUAUUUUGGGUUUGCCAUAGAAAGUAUUUCCAGUAAAAAAAAAAAUGGGACUCACGAGCCCAAAAGUUCGCAGUGUUAGUUACAGUUUCUUGCACUAUCUUUAUUAUUUGCUUU